AUGGAGCAGCGAGAAGACUGGCUUGUUGUGAAGCUCGUGGAAGGUUCUGGAAGAUGUUCUGGCCGAGUCGAAGUAUAUUUUGAAGGCGUGUGGGGCACGGUGUGCGACGACUUGUGGGGCGAGACCCAGGCGCAGGUGGUGUGUCGGCAGCUGGGCUGUGGGACAGCCGUGUCUGCCCCCGGAGGGGCCCACUUUGGCCAGGGUUCUGGCCCCAUCCUUCUGGACAACGUGCAGUGCUCCGGGACCGAGGCCUCCCUGGGGCAGUGCUCCCACGCUGGCUGGUUCGCCCACAACUGCGAGCACAAGGAGGAUGCUGGUGUCAUCUGCUCAGAAGGAUACUGGCCACAAUUACAACUUGUGAAUGGGUCAAGCCAAUGUUCCGGGCGUGUGGAAGUCUUCUAUCACGGCCAGUGGGGCAGGGUUUGUGAUGACCACUGGGACAUGAACGAAGCAGACGUGGUGUGCCGGCAGCUGGGCUGUGGGCGCGCCCUCGCAGCGCCUGUGGGGGCCCAGUUUGGUGAAGGUUCAGGCAAGUUUCUGCUGGACGAUGUGGACUUAGCCUGGCCUGCCCUGAGACUGGUCAGUGGCAAUGGAAGAUGCUCUGGGCGUGUGGAAGUUUUCUACCAGGGCACCUGGGGGUCCGUGUGUGAUGAUGGCUGGGGUCUGAAAGAAGCACAGGUUGUGUGCAGGCAGCUUGAGUGCGGGCAGGCGGUGGCUGCCCCACGUGGUGCCCACUUCAGCCCUGGCUCUGGGAAGAUUCUCCUGGACAACGUGCAGUGCAGUGGUGAAGAGGGCCACCUGGCCCUGUGUGCCCAUGACACCUGGUUCGCUCACAACUGUGGCCACAAGGAAGAUGCUGGAGUCAUCUGCUCAGGUGCCCGCAUGGAGCUGAGGCUGGUGAACGGCACGGGGAGGUGCUCAGGCCGAGUGGAGGUCCUGUUUCAGGGCACGUGGGGGACCGUGUGUGAUGACCUCUGGGACCUGGCCGAGGCCACCGUCGUGUGCCGCCAGCUGCAGUGUGGCCAGGCCGUGUCGGCCCCCGUGGGGGCCCAUUUUGGGGCUGGCUCUGGACACAUCCUGCUGGAUGACAUGCAGUGUGUGGGCACUGAGAGCCACCUGGGACAGUGUGGACAUAAGGGCCGGCCUGAGAUCAACUGUGGGCACCUGGAGGAUGCUGGAGUCAUCUGCACAGGUGCCCGGAUGGAGGUGAGGCUGGUGAAUGGCACGGGGAGGUGCUCAGGCCGAGUGGAGGUCCUGGUUCAGGGCACGUGGGGGACCGUGUGUGAUGACCUCUGGGACCUGGCCGAGGCCACCGUCGUGUGCCGCCAGCUGCAGUGUGGCCAGGCCGUGUCGGCCCCCACGGGAGCCCACUUUGGGGCUGGCUCCGGACACAUCCUGCUGGAUGACAUGCAGUGUGUGGGCACUGAGAACCACCUGGGCCAGUGUGUGCACAGGGACCGGGCUGAACUCAACUGUGGACACCUGGAGGAUGCUGGGGUCAUCUGCUCAGGAGGCGGGGCCCGGCUGCGGCUGAUGGGAGGCCCCGGGCGCUGUGCUGGCCGUGUGGAGCUUCUCUACCAGGGAGUCUGGGGGACCGUGUGCGAUGACGCGUGGGAUCUGCAGGAAGCAGACGUCGUGUGCAAGCAGCUGGGCUGUGGGUGGGCCAUCUCGGCCCCAGGCGAGGCCCGCUUUGGGGAAGGUUCUGGAAAAAUCCUCCUGGACAAUGUGCACUGUGGGGGCAGUGAGCAGCACCUGGACGAAUGCUCCCACAUGGGCUGGUUUUCCCACAACUGUGACCACAAUGAAGACGCCGGGGUCAUCUGCUCAGUCCUCAACCACCUCGACUGUACCAAUGAAUAUUUUGACAUCCUGGAUGGCCCUCCAAUCUCAGGCAAGUCCCUGGGGAAGACCUGUACUGGCUCAUACCUCACCUAUGAGUCCUCCGCCAGCUCAAUGACCCUCGUGUACUUCCGAAGUUUCAACAAUAUCGGGAAGAACUUCGUCGCUUAUUAUUACUCUGCACCCAAAGGAAACGGCCCAGAGCUGCGCCUGGUGGGUGGCUCGGGUCGCUGUUCGGGCCGAGUGGAGGUUCUCCAUCAAGGGGCCUGGGGCACCGUGUGUGACGACCUGUGGGACCUGAAUGAGGCAGAAGUUGUGUGCCGUCAGCUGGAGUGUGGUCGGGCCAUGUCCGCCCUUGGGAAGGCUCACUUCGGACCAGGCUCUGGGGACAUCUUCCUGGACAACCUGCAGUGUGCCGGCGUGGAACGCUAUCUGGGUCAGUGUGCCCACUCGGGCUGGUCAGAACACAACUGUGGUCACCAUGAGGACGCUGGUGUCAUCUGCUCAGGGGACUGGCCAGAGCUGCGGCUGGUGGGUGGCUCCGGGCGGUGCUCAGGCCGUGUGGAGCUCCUCUACCAAGGGACCUGGGGGACCGUGUGUGACGACUUGUGGGAUUUGCGUGAGGCCGAGGUUGUGUGUCGACAACUCGGGUGUGGGCAGGCCAUCUCUGCACCCACGGAGGCUCACUUCGGCCCAGGCUCAGGGACCAUCUUCCUGGACAAUGUCCAGUGCUCAGGGAUGGAGCGCUUCCUGGGUCAGUGCUCCCACUUGGGCUGGUUGGAGCACAACUGUGGCCACCACGAGGACGCCGGGGUCUUCUGCUCAGCUAGUCAGUUUUACCCUUCCGAAAGCCCUCUUUCCUGGGAUUCCAGUUUUCAGAGCACUGCAGGAAAAGAAGAUGGACCAGCUCUGCGGCUGGUGGGCGGCUCAGGUCGGUGCUCAGGACGCCUGGAGGUGCUCCACCAAGGGACCUGGGGGACUGUAUGCGACGACCUGUGGGACCUGAAUGAAGCCCAGGUCGUGUGCCGACAGCUCGGGUGUGGACAGGCCGUCGCUGCCCCAGGGAAAGCUCACUUCGGCCCAGGGUCUGGAGACAUCCUCUUGGACAACAUUCAGUGUUCAGGAAGUGAGAGCCACCUUGGCCAGUGCCCCAGCUCAGGCUGGGCAGACCACAACUGUGGCCACCACGAGGACGCUGGUGUCAUCUGCUCAGGUAGCCCCUUCUCGUUCCGAGGAAGUAACUCUUGUGGCGGAGUCCUUUCAAGCCUCUCAGGCUCGUUCUCCAGUCCCUGGUACCCUGCCAACUACCCCACAGAUGUGGAGUGUGUCUGGGUCAUCCACGUGGCCGAGACAUUCCACAUAGAACUGAUUAUCCCAAAGCUGAAACUAGAGGACAUCUACGGGUGCCCGUACGACUUCCUCGAGGUGUUCGACGGGCGGCAGGCGGCCUCACUGUCCAUGGGCCGCUUCUGUAUGGGGAACGACCUCACCUUUCUCUCCUCUUCAAACGUCCUGACUGCACUGUUCAGGAGUGAUGCCAUGAUCACCAACACGGGCUUUUACGCUCUGUACAACGCCGUUCGGCAGGACGAAAGGGACAGUGCCCUGCAUGACUUCUCGCUGUCAUUCCCCACUCCCAAAGCAACCAGGCGGAGGGAGGUGGCUCGGGUCUUGCACGGCUGUGUGUCCCUGCGGCUGGUGAAUGGCAGUCACAGGUGUGAGGGCCGCGUGGAGGUAGCCUACAACGGCACGUGGGGCACGGUGUGUGAUGACAGCUGGGACCUGACGGACGCCGGCGUGGUGUGUCAGCAGCUCGGCUGUGGCGAGGCGCUGUCGGCCCCAGCACAAAGCUACUUUGAUGGUGGCACAGGCCACAUCAUGCUGGACGAUGUGCAGUGCUUGGGUGGCGAGAUCAAGGUGUGGCAGUGUCCGCACAACGGUUGGCUCUCCCACAACUGUGGGCACCACGAGGAUGCCAGCGUCGUCUGCUCAGGUGAGCGCCCCGGGUCACAACCUAAUGCCCACAUUCCCCCAUACCCUGGUCACCCCAGCAGUGACCUGAGUGUGUCUGUGUCCCCAGAAGUGGCCCUCCGGCUGAGCAAUGGGAGCCACCGGUGUGAGGGCCGCGUGGAACUGCUCUACAACCACACCUGGGGCACCGUGUGUGACGACAGCUGGGACCUGCGUGACGCCCAGGUGGUGUGUCGCCAGCUGGGCUGUGGCCGGGCCGUGUCGGCCCUGGGCUGGGCACACUUCAGCCGCGGCCAGGGCCCCAUCGCCCUGGAUGACGUGGAGUGCGCAGGGAAUGAGGCCCGCCUGUGGCGGUGUCUGCACAGCGGCUGGUUCUCUCACAACUGUGGCCACCACGAGGACGCCAGUGUCAUCUGCUCAGAGUAUCUGAGCCUGCGGCUGGUGAAUGGGUCCAGCAGGUGCAAGGGUCGCGUGGAGGUCUACCAUGCUGGCACCUGGGGCACCGUGUGUGAUGACAACUGGUCCAUCGAGGAUGCCCACGUGGUCUGCAGGCAGCUGGGCUGUGGCCUUGCUGUGUCUGCCCUCCCUGGGGCCAGCUUCAGCCCCGGGGCAGGAAGCAUCCUCCUUGAUGACGUCAACUGCACGGGGAAGGAAUCCUCCCUGGAGCAGUGCCCACAUGGAGGCUGGUCCACCCAUAACUGUGGGCACCAAGAAGAUGCUGGCGUCAUCUGCUCAGAUCUGCCGGAGGUGAGGCUGGCCGACGGGCAGAGCAGGUGCGAGGGCCGUGUGGAGCUCCACCACAACGGCACGUGGGGCACCGUGUGUGAUGACCUCUGGGGCCUGGCUGCAGCCCAGGUGGUGUGCCGGCAGCUGGGCUGCAGGGAGGCCCUGGCAGCCCCGAGACACGCUCUGUUUGGCAUGGGCUCAGGCCCUAUCUUCCUGGACAAUGUGCAGUGCACUGGCAAUGAGAGCAGCCUUGGGCACUGCCAACACCUCGGCCUGUCCGUCCACAACUGCGGGCACCAGGAGGAUGCUGGUGCCAUCUGCUCAGACUUACCUGUCAUCAGGCUGGUGGAUGGUAGGAGCCGGUGCGAAGGGCGUGUGGAAGUCUACCACGACGGCGUGUGGGGGACCGUGUGUGAUGACCUCUGGACCAUCAGUGCUGCCCACGUUGUGUGCCGCCAGCUGGACUGCGGGGUGGGCAUCAGCGCCCUGGGGCAUGGCCACUUCGGGGAGGGCGUGGGAAGCAUCCUGCUGGACGAUGUGAGGUGUCAAGGCAGCGAACGCACGCUGGGCCAGUGUGAACACCUGGGCUUCUCCAUCCACAACUGUGGCCACCACGAAGAUGCUGGGGUCAUUUGUGCAGGAGAAAAUGACAACCGUCCUGGAGAUGAUGAUGAUGAUGAUGAUGACGACGACGACGACGACGACAACCUGCCCCUGCGCCUGGUGGAUGGGCGGAGCCGGUGCCAAGGCCGCGUGGAGGUGCGGCACCAGGGCGUGUGGGGCACAGUGUGUGACGACAACUGGAACAUCAAGAAUGCCCAGCUGGUGUGCCGCCUGCUGGGCUGUGGCCGGGCACUGGGUGCUCCGGGGCACGGCCACUUCGGCCGGGGUUCAGGGCCCAUCCUGCUGGACGAUGUGCACUGCAGGGGGCACGAGGACACACUGGAGCGCUGCGCCCACGCGGGCUGGGCGCGCCACAACUGCCGCCACAGCGAGGACGCGGGCGUGGUCUGCGCAGCCCAGCUCUCCUGCCUGCCUAACCUCUUCCGAGCCGUCAUCGACCGCGGCUAUCUCCGGAGGCUGGGCUACUCCUCCUGGGACGUCCACGUAAAUGACGAGCUGUGCCGCCCUCACAUCACAGGGCGCUACUUGAUCUUCAACAUUCCCUAUGGCCGUUGUGGCACCAUCUGGCAGGGAAGCCGUGGCUCCGGCAGCUACACCAACUACAUCAGAGGCCGAACUCGGGGCCACUCUGGCCGAGUCAUCGUGCGCCACAAGGUGCCUCAGCUGAAGUUCACCUGCCAGGUGGAUGGUCCCUCGACGGGAGGAGUCACUCAUAGCGUUGGCUAUGACGUGUCCAUCACAUUCCUUGAGUCGCCCACGACCCAUCACACGAGGGGCAUGAGUCCGUACUACACCAAUCAGAGAAAAGAGGUCUUCCUGCAGGCCACGCUCCACAGCCAUGACCCCGGCCUGGUGCUCUUUGUGGACAGCUGCGUGGCUUCUCCAGACCCCCAGGACUUCACCAGUGUCAAGUACGAGCUGAUCCAGCAGGGGUGCAUCAAAGACAAUACAUACACCACUCUCCACUCCCGCGCAAAAAAUGUGGCCCAAUUCAAGUUCAACGCCUUCAGCUUUCUGGACAGCUAUGACGUGGUCUAUCUGCAGUGUGAGAUCGCUGUGUGCAAAGUGGGCGAUGCGUCCUCCCGCUGUGCCCGUGGCUGCACAGGGCGCAGAAAGAGGGGUGCAGGCCCCGGGACAGCCAGGGAAGAGCUGACUGGCCAUCUCCACACGGUGGGACCCCUGGAAAUUCACAAAGAGGCUCUGCACAGCAAGAACCCUGUAGGAGGCUCCAGUCGCUGA